AUGGAUACGCCCAGCCUUCGCAAUGUCCGCGUUCUCCGGCGCAGGAAGAGCAGCGCGCGGUUGGAAGGUUCUCUCCGGAGCAUCGACAGUCCGCACGUCGUGCGCGGAGCGGGAUACGCAUCCCUUGACGCGCACGAGUUUUCUCCCUUGGUUGGGCGCAGCGUGGGUGUCUCAUGGGACGCCUUCGUGGUUCGUUCCUCAGGCGUAACUAUCAGCGACUGGGCGAAGUAUGUCUUCGCUGAACCUAUCGCGACGCUGCAGUCGAAGACCUCCGGCCCUACUCCUUACCGCGAGCUCGUACCCUACCCGCCGAACGUCUCGCGAGGUCGUCUCCGCGAAACGGGUCUCACCACGAACGUCACGCCUGGCGAGAAUCUCUUGCGGUUGAGCAGCGGACGUAUCGCGCUCCCUAUUUUUCGGGUUCACCCACAGUUCGUCCACGAUCUACGGCCAUCAUCCGACCCUUACGCAGGCUCAGUAGAGGGAACGUGUAGUCCGUCGAUUCCUGCUUUCGCCAGCAUCGAUCGCCGACUCGCCGGGGAGUCACCGCAUGCGAAGGACAGCUCCGGCCUCGCCAUCGCGACCGGAGUGCACCUAUACUCAUAUAACCGUGGACUCGUAUCCGUGCUGUCGCCUUCCCACUCUACCGUGUACGUACUGAACAUUACCUCGCAGAGGCUUGCCUGA